AUGUUUUGGGGAGAGACCUGGAAUGGUCCAGACCCGAGGACAAAGAGCAAGCGGAUCGAGAGGCUGCAAGCAAGCAAGAAAUCUUGCGCCCGGCCGGACGGUUUUGGUUUGCUUCCAAGGAAAAAACCUUCAGCCCGCACGGCCACGCCAUCUAAAUUCCCAACCAGACCCCAGCUUCCCUUGCGAACGGGCCGGCCGCACGCGACGCGAACCCGAGCAGAAGGCAGGCAGGCAGGGGCAACAGCAGGGCGGGGGCGCCAUCAAGCAGCAAGCAUGCUGGAGCUCCUGCUGGUGGGGUGCAGCAGCGUGGUGGUGCUCCUCCACGGCGCCAGCCUCUUCCUCCGCGCGCUCUUCGCCCCGCGCCACGCCGUCGCCAGGCCCAUCAGCUUCCUCGGGUUCGUGGCCUGACCGGCGGACCGCGCGUGAUGAGCCGGCCGGCCACGGAUCGGGUGAGGGGUCCCGGCCGAGGUCCGGCCAGGUCGUCGCCGAUGGAUGAAGGGGAUCGCUGGUGUAAGUUACGAGACAGAGCCCCUCGACCGAUGUAGAUAGCUUUGCUGGUCGUGUUCAUGUGGAUUGUGAAAAACACGAGUACUCUCACUACGCGUGUAAAUUGUCCAAGUUACACACGCCACAUCAACGAACUGUGCCCACAGGUUUAUUA